ACAACAUCCAUACAAGACUUGAGAAGCAAGUUGGAUACUCUCCUAUACAGUCGCAAUACUGAAAUUAAGUUGAAACUUCAAAUCUUGAUACUACGAUGAGUAUCCAGUUGAUACCAACAUCGUAUCUGACUACGACAGUCUUGACGUGCGUCGUAGGCUACCUUGUAGUUAAACUCCUACGUCGUAAGCGAUACACGCUUCCGCCUGGUCCUAAAGGUUUGCCUAUCCUCGGAUCCUACCUGACCCUUACAUCAGGAAAGUACGAACAGCGAGAACUUCUGAACAAGUGGGCCAAAGAAUAUGGGGAUAUUUACAUGUUCAGCCUAUUUGGUUCCCGAUUUGUCAUUCUGAACAGCUACGAGCUUGUUAAGGAGGCGUUCCAGAGUGCAGACUUCAAUGAUCGAGCCCCUAUUCUACCAUGCAACAGAGCUCUAAAUAGGCCCAAUACAGGGCUUGGCUUAAUCUCAGCAAGUGAAGGCCAUCAAUGGAAGGAACAACGCAACUUCGUGUCAGCAAAUCUCCGGAACGUACGACAAAGUAACAACAAUUUUGAAGAUCUGGUUGCAGCCCAGGGAGAGAAACUCAUCCAGAAAUUCACCAAUCAAGGAGACUCCUUCUUCGACCCAGUCACCGAUAUCUACGUCACAGUCUCCAACAACACCACCAAGAUUGUCUUCGGGAAGACCUACGAUUAUGAUGAUGAGGAGUUCAUCGACAUGACCAGAAAGGUCAAGGGAGUCUUUGAUUGGAUGGGUCCGGGGUCGUUCUUCUACCAUGUCCCGUUCCUGGCCUACUUGCCGAUGAAGAUCAACAGACAGGGAGACACCGCUGUCAAAGGUAUGUUCGACUUCCUGGAGAAGGAAGUGCGUAGACACCGUCAAUCCUACCACCCUGGAGACGAGCCGAAAGAUUUGAUAGAAUCCUUCUUCCAGGAACAGGCGAAGAAAAAAGCAAAGACCGAUGAUGUUGGGUCUUUUACUGAUGAAUGCUUGAAGCAGUUAUUAUGGGACCUGCUGUUGGGAGGGGUCGAAACGGUUUCUAACAGUCUCUCUUGGUAUUUCCUAUUCAUGGCCCAAUAUCCGGAAGCACAGGCCAAAGUCCAAGCUGAGCUCGACGAGGUUGUUGGUCGCGAUCGCCUCCCAUCUCUGUCCGACCGCAAGAGUCUCCCAUUCACAGAAUCAACCAGUGUGGAGUGCUAUCGCUUCUGUCGCCUCCUUAACGUUCAAAUCCCACACCGCACUCGCUGCGACAAGAAGCUUGGAGGGUACGACAUCCCGAAAGGAACGAACAUUGGGACAAACUCUGGCUGGUUGUCGUCAUCACCUUCUCUUUGGAAGAGAUGCGAUGAGUUUGUUCCUGAUAGGUUUAUCGACAAGGACACUGGAUUGUUUGAUAGCAAACUGGAAGCUGGGUUGGCUGAAUUCGGAUUCGGUCGGCGAUUGUGCCCAGGGGAACAGUUAGCUCGUACAGAAUUGUUUGUGAUCUUCACUUACAUUCUCCAUCGUUUUACCUUGCGUCUUCCCGAGGGUACGCCUAUAUCCCGGGAUGGAAUCGACAGUCUCACCUAUCACCCUAAGCCUUACAAGAUAAAGGCAAUUCCUCGACCAUAGACCAACACAUCAAGGGGCUGUCAAAUACAUGUAAUAGAUUUUAGAAUAGAACAAGACCUUUAGUGGCCGUCCCAUCAAUUUUUUUCAUUAAAGGAAAAGUCAACCCCAACUAAAACUUGAUUUGAAUAAAGAGAGAAAAAUCCAACA